AUGGAGCAACUAGCAACUCCGAGACACAAGAGUCCCUCUUACCUCGAUCUCCUGAGGUCGCAUCGGGUGGAAUUAGUGAAUGGCAUUAAAAACACUGAAUGCUUGCUGGAUAACCUGCUGCAGGCUGGCCAUUUUACACUUGAAGAUACUGAAGUUAUUCAACAGACUGCAACUCAACAUGGAAAGAAUCGUAAAAUACUGGAUAUUAUAUCAGGUAAAGGAGAAGAGACUGCAGAGUACUUUAUAUACAUCAUGUAUCGUGCAAAAGAUGUUUACUCAAACCUGGAGCCUUGGUUGGAAGAGAUUCAUUAUUGCCCAUCGGAUUUCUUGCUGAAGAAAUCAGUGCUUAUUACGGAUGCUGUUUGCCAGUACACCGAAAAGCUCAGACAUGAACUGGGAAGAGACUCAAAGUUCAUUUCAUCAUAUGCCCAAAAGCAGGACACCUUGUUUGAAGAUACAUACACGGAGACUCUGAUGGAAUUAAUCAACAAUGUCAAUGAACCCAAAGGAAUGGUAUCCUGUUUGGAUGAAUUAUUCAGUGUGUUUGGAGUCAUCAGUGAAGAGGCAGAAACGGUGAUUGUAACCGGUGACGCUGGGGUUGGUAAAUCUAUUCUGCUUCAGAAACUGCAGAGCUUGUGGUCCAAAGGAGAGCUGUGUGCUGAUGUCAAAUUCUUCUUCAAAUUCAGGUGCCGGAUAUUUAAUAGCUUUAAGGAGGAAGACAAGAUUUCACUCAAGGAUUUGCUCUUCAAGUACAACUGUUACCCUGACCGAGACGUGGAUGAAAUCUUCAGAUAUAUCUGUCAACAUCCAGAGACUGUUCUCUUCACACUGGAUGGGUUUGAUGAGAUUAACAUUGACUGUGACGUGAACGACAUCCCUGACAUUUCCUCGCCCUUUGUCCCCACUCACCCUGUGGCCUUGUUGAUGAACCUUCUCCGAGGAAAAUUAUUAAAAGGUUCUAAAAAGGUAUUGACAGCCAGAACUGGCACAAUUCUGCCGCUGAGAAUCGUGAGGAAGAAAGUCGUAUUGAAAGGAUUUUCGAAGGACAAUUUGCUGCAGUAUUUGAAGAAGUUUUUCAAAAACAAGAGUUAUCAAAGUUCAGUCUUGACCCAGCUGGAAGCAAACCCUCACCUGUGCACCCUGUGUUCAGUGCCACUCUUCUGCUGGAUUAUAUUUAAAUCUUAUGAGCACAUUCUGAACAUGCCCAACACCCACCAGCUCUCAGACUAUAUCACACUGACAGAUGUUUACUUGCUAAUGGUAGAAGUCUUCCUUAAUCAUUCUUGUAAAAUGAACUUGAAUUGGAAAACUGCCAGAAGCCAACUAGAUGUGUUCAGAACAAAAAGGAGUGCCUUGAUGCACCUGGGUAAAUUAGCCCGAAAUGGGAUUGAAAACAGCAACUUUCUCUUCCACCAGGAGCAAAUCACAGCAGCAGAGAUCUCCGAGCAGGACUUGCAAUUGGGUUUCAUCAAAGCUGCUGACCAUUAUGAUGGCCUUCGCAACCAGUCUACCUAUGAGUUCCUUCACUUGACCCUGCAGUCGUUUUUUGCUGCACUUUCAUUAGCUGUGGAUGAUCAGAUAAGCUCUAGGAGCCUCUUCAAGUUAUUUAAUGAUAGUGACGUGACCGGCUCAAUUACAAAGAAACUCCGCACUAUUUUUUUUGAGUGCUUAAUCCCUGUUAGGCAAGGCGCAAAAGAUGUCCCCAAGCCACACAGUGAGCACAUUCGGUUUACCAAGCUGUUCCUUUGUGGUCUCCUGUCCAGCAGUAAUAUUAAUCUGUUAAUGAAACUGGCGUGUCCUACAGUUAUUCAGGGGAAACGUUCAGUAUUGACGUCUUAUCUUAAUGACUGUGUGAAAUCGCACAUAAGGAGACUCCCUCGAUUAAAUCUUGAGGAUGGCUGCAAGAUCCAUAUCCUGCCAUGCUUUGUCUGGCUGAUCAGGUUUAUAUUUGAAAUGCAGAACGAGGCUGUAGCCAAACUUGCAGCCCGAGGAAUAUGUAACAUUUACAUGAAGCUGACCUACUGCAACAUCUGUUCCUCCGACUGCAGUGCUCUCACAUUCAUUCUGCUUCAUAUCCCAAACACCAUCGCAUUGGAAAUGGACAACAACAACAUCAAUGAUUACGGGGUGGAACAACUGCUCCCCUCCUUCAGUAAGCUUACGGUGCUCAGGUUGAGUGUGAAUCAGAUCACAGACCAUGGGGCCUGUGUCUUGGCAGAAGAACUCAGAAAGUAUCAUCAGAUCAAGUCACUUGGUCUUUACAAAAAUCAUUUAAGUGAUGUUGGUGCCAGGGCCAUCGCUCAGCUGGUCGAAAGCUGUCCCAGUCUUGUUUUCUUGAGGCUGGGAUCCAACAUGAUCACCCAUGAAGGGGGCGCAUACCUAGCAAAAGCAAUCCAGAAUAGCAAAACCAUAGAGGAUGUUGGGUUGUGGGGCAAUCAGAUAGGAGACCGGGGUGCGGAAGCCUUUGCAGAAGCUUUGAGGGAUCAGCACAGUCUGAAGAAUUUGAGCCUUGCAGCAAAUCAGAUCUCACCAGAAGGCGGGAAACUCUUAGCCACUGCCCUUCGCAGCAACAGCUCCCUGAAGAUAUUCUGGUUGACACAAAAUUAUUUAGACGAUGAAGCAGCAAAAAGUUUUGCAGAAAUGUUGAAAAUAAACACAUCGCUGAAAAACUUAUGGUUGAUUGAAAAUGAAAUAACAACACGUGGAGCUACCUACCUGCUGGAGUCACUGGAAGAAAAUAGAGCUAUAGAGGAGAUCUGCCUAAAGAAUAACAGAAUCCCCACAGAAGACAUUGAGAUUCUUGUAAAAGACAGACGCAUCAGAAUCUAGAUUCCUCCAGGAACCCCGUGUUUCAAAUCUCCUGGAAACUGAAGGAUUUGACAGGAAUGAUAGGUCAUUUACAGCACGAUAAACACCUGCCUGUAUAUU